AUGCCGAACCCCACGGUAGCCGUCUCCGCUCCUGGCAAGGUCCUACUAGCCGGCGGGUACCUUGUACUUGACCGGGCUUAUACCGGACUCGUCUUCGGCCUCAGCGCCCGCAUCAAUGUCAUCGCUCAGGAGAUCCAAACUAGCAAGGGGGUGCAGUUGUCCGAGAUCGUCGUUGAAAGUCCCCAGUUCCUCGAGGCUACGUGGCGCUAUGGGCACCACCUCGCCGAUGAUGACGGGGGCAUCAAGGUGACGCAGUUGCAGGUCGGCCCUCAAAUCAACCCCAAUCCCUUCGUCGAAACCGCGCUCAGCUAUGCGCUCACAUACAUCUCCCGUGCCGGCAAACACGGUCCGUCCCGCAGCAUCAAGCCCGCCCGCCUCACCAUCCUAGCCGACAACGACUACUACUCUCAACCACCAGGAGCAGCACCCUCGGCCGUCACCAUCACCACCCAGUCACCACCCUCCUCCCUCUCCUCCUCAUCCUCAUCCACCCCUCAACCCCCCCACUCAUCCCGCUUCAUCCACAUCCCCGUCCCCCUCCACGAGGCCCACAAGACCGGCCUGGGCUCCUCCGCCGCCCUCGUGACGGCCCUCACGGCCGCCCUUCUAGCCCACCACCUGCCCCGCUCCGCCUUCGACCCGGCCUCGGCCCGCGGCCGCGGCCUGCUGCACAACCUCGCCCAGGCCGCCCACUGCGCCGCCCAGGGCAAGGUCGGCAGCGGCUUCGACGUCGCCGCUGCCGUCUACGGCGGCUGCCUGUACCGGCGCUUCAGCCCGCGCGUGCUGGCCGGCCUGUCCGGCGCCGGCACCCCCGGGUUCGCCUCGAAGCUGGAGGCCGUCGUGGAGGACCGGGCCGCCGAGGAGCACGCCUCCUCGCAGCCCGUGUGGGACGCCGAGAUCAUCGCCGGCGGCGCGGCCCUCCCCCCCGGGGUGGCGGUGCGCAUGUGCGACGUGGACUGCGGGAGCCAGACGGUGGGGAUGGUGAAGAAGGUGCUGGCGUGGCGCGACGCGGACCCGCAGGCGGCGCGGGCGCUGUGGGACGCGCUGCAGGCGCGGAACGAGGGCCUCGCCGCGGCGCUGAGGGAGGGGCGGACGGCGGACAUCCCGGCCUGCGUGGCGGGCGUCAGGGAGCUGGUGCGGAGGAUGGGCGCCGAGAGCGGCGUGCCGAUCGAGCCCGAGAGCCAGACCGCGCUGCUGGACGCGCUGGGCGGCGUUGAGGGCGUCUACGGAGGGGUUGUGCCUGGUGCGGGAGGGUUCGAUGCCGUGGCGCUGCUUGUGAAGGAUGAUAAGGAGACGGAGGCGCGCAUUGAGGAGUUCUUGGCUGGUUGGAGCAAGGAAAAGGGCGAAAGGGUGAGCUUACUGAGGGUCAAGGGGGAAAUGGAGGGGGUGAAGGUGGAGGAGCUGGAAACGUAUCACGGAUGGCUUCGUUGA